CGGCCAUCGCCAAGAUCGCCGGCAGCAACACAGCUCGGCUGGGCAGCUUCGAGAGCCAGGUGAACAUGUGGGUGCUGGAGGAGGAGGUGGGCGGCCGGCGGCUCACGGACAUCAUCAACACGGAGCACGAGAACGUCAAGUACCUGCCGGGGCACAAGCUGCCCCCCAACGUGGUGGCAGAGCCAGACCUGCUCAAAGCCUGCGCAGGGGCUGAUGUCCUGCUGUUCGUGGUGCCCCACCAGUUCAUCGGCAAAGUCUGUGACCAGCUCAAGGGCCACGUGAAGAAAGAGGCCAUUGGGAUGUCACUCAUCAAGGGCGUGGAUGAAGGACCAGAUGGGCUGAGGUUGAUCUCAGACAUCAUCCAUGAGAAACUGGGAAUAGAAAUGAACGUGCUCAUGGGGGCCAAUAUUGCCAAUGAAGUGGCAGAAGAGAAGUUCUGUGAAACCACCAUUGGCUGCAAGAACAUGAAGCACGGGCAGAUGCUGAAGGACCUGAUGCAGACCCCCAACUUCCGCGUGUCGGUGGUGCAGGAAGCUGACACUGUAGAGAUCUGUGGGGCUCUCAAGAAUGUGGUGGCUGUCGGGGCCGGUUUCUGUGAUGGGCUUGGCUACGGUGACAACACCAAGGCUGCCGUGAUCCGCCUGGGCCUGAUGGAGAUGAUUGGCUUUGCCAAACUCUUCUGCAAGGGCCCUGUCACCUCCUCCACCUUCCUGGAGAGCUGCGGCGUUGCCGACCUCAUCACCACCUGCUACGGGGGCCGCAACCGCAAGGUGGCCGAGGCUUUUGCCAAGACCGGGAAGUCCAUCGAGCAGCUGGAGAAGGAGAUGCUGAAUGGGCAGAAGCUGCAGGGUCCCCAGACAUCUGCUGAGCUGCAUCGAAUCCUCAAGAGCAAGAAUGCAGUGGAGAAGUUCCCCCUCUUCACUGCUGUGUAUCGGAUCUGCUACGAGGGAAAACCUGUCACCGACUUCAUCACGUGUCUGCAGAACCACCCUGAGCACAUGUAAGGGGCUCUGCCUGCUGAGAUGUGCUGAGAGCUCCUGCCCACACCGACCUCAUCUGCUGCCACAGCCUUGGAAGGAGUCUGGGGCUCCUGGGAGCCUCUGCAGACUGCUGGAAGAGCAGAGGUUCCCUUCCCCAGCCCCGGACACUGCCCUGGACACUGAGCCUGGCACAGAGGUACCUGCUGACCUCUUCUUCUCUUUGAAGGGCUCAUUUAAUUGCUGCUGCCGAGGUUUGCCCUGAGUAGGGCUGAGCAUCUUCCUCCUUCCACUUCCUCACAGUGGAUUCAGCUCUGGGAAGGACUCUGCCAGGCCAUCAUGAUAGAUAAGGGCUGGGCACUGCCUGGGCACUGCCUGGCAGGGAAAAAAGUGUCCCAAGUGCUCCUUCUUAGCCCCUACGGGUGGCACCAGCUCCUCCCUACCUGCUGCUGCUUUUGCAUUCCCUGUCUGGUGGAGAGGGCACAGUCCCCUGCCAGGCUCCACCUGCUGAGUGGAGCUCUCAGGACUUCCAGAGGCACUGAGGAUCUUUCUAAGCAGCACCAGCACAGACAAUGGCAUUCCUUGCCCCCCAGCCAUGUGCUGCUUUCCUCCAGCUGCUCCUGCUGACCCAGGGACACGCUGGAGUUUGUUUAGAGCUCUUGCUCUCUCCAUCAGACCUGGCCCCAGCCCUGGGGAGCUCCCCUGUUGUCACAGGAGGAAGGAGCUCUCACACUUUCCUCAUGUGGGGAUGCUGCACGCUGCCCUCUGGCACGGGGGCAGGAAUUGGCAUAUGAUCCACAACAGGUACAUGGAGAUGUGCAACAUCCCAGGACAGGACAGAGGUCUUGGGCCUCACUCUGAGCCUGUGAAAUUUGCCCCUUGUCCGGACAGGUGCCACCUGUCCCUCUGCUCCUCUGAGCUGUUUGCUCAGGCCAGAGUGUCCAGCAGUCACUGAUCCUACCUGGGCUGGAAGGCUGGAAUGCUGCAAGGCUCCCUGUUGUCCCCAUUCAAAUCCCAGAGCCAAGGGGUCUCUGACUAGCAGUGUUCCUUUGAAAUAACAAUAAACAUGGAGAGGAGAUGGGAGAUGCUCUCCAGUGCAUCACUGUCGCUAGGUUGGUGCCUGCUGGACUUGUUGAGUGCUCAGAACAGGGCACUGCCCGUUCCCUCCUGGCUCUGCACCCUCCUGUGCUGUCCCAGAAACAGCAAGAACGUCCCUGUAGGUCCCUCUUUAGCCCCAAGGUCACACAGUGUCCCACUUGCUUUGUCUCAGCAACGGUUCCAGGAUUAAAAUUUGGCCGCAGGACUAUGGUGGGUUGGGAUUGCAACAUUGAGCCGGGUCCAGAGUCCUCACCUGGGGCCAGCAGGAGCCAGGCCAGGACUGCACUGUGCCCCACACACCCCAGGCCUCCCUUCCUCUGACGUUUGGGGCUUCCCAGGACACGCUGUGAGAUUUUAUUCAUCUCUUCCCAGCUGCUUUUCCCAGACUCGCCUCGUCCCUGUGUGUCUUUAAAGGAGCCCCGUACUGAGUGACCUUUCCAGAGCUCUGAGCCCUCUGCUCCGUGUCUUACAAGGGGAAUUUAAUCUGUUGGCACUGCACUUGUUUCUGUGCCUUUUAUUAGCCACGUUUUCUCAGCAGGCACUCCGCGACCUUUAAAUUCAGCAGAACUGUCGUGUGGGGGGAGCCAACACGGCUUCCUCUGCCGAGGAGCUUUAUUGAGCUUGGAGGAAGGAUAAAGGAAGUCCAGCGUGUUCCUGCAGGGCUGGCACCACUUCUAGUUCUCUUUGUCUUCAAGGGCUUCAAGGAAUCCAAGUGUUUGGAUACGAAGCUCAUGCAGGAGAGAGGGUUCCUGGGCUCUGCAAACUCCUGCCAGCACCUGCAGCAGAAUCCAGCAGGGAUUUGUGUUUAGCUGAGAGCUCCUCUGUGAUGGAAAUGCUUUGUCCAUCCCCCUUGUCCAUGUCUUUUUGACCCUGAAGUGCCCAAAUUGCUGCAGACCCUUGCUGAGGGUCCCAGGUCUCCAACGAUCUCUCACUUUUAAACACACCACACUGGAGCUGGAUGUCCCGAGCUAUAAAAAGUCUUCCCUUU